AAGUUUCCAAUGCUGGAGAAAAUUAUUGUAAAGGAUUGUCUAAAGAUGGUUAGAUUCAAUUUUAAAUUUUCAAGUGAGCAAGAGAAAGAGACAACUGAUGGAAGAAGUGAGGAAUUGCUUGUCAAGAAAGAACCUAAUAUCUUCAUUGAGGUCUUUUUUUGUGAUGAGGUUGAGCUUCCUAUCUUGAAGAAGUUGACUCUAUCCUCAAUCAAUACAAAGCAAAUUUGGAACAGUCAUCUUUCAUCAAUAUCUUCAUUUGCCCAAAAUUUAACAAAGUUGAAAGUGGUCAACUGUUCCAAUUUGAAGUAUCUGUUUACAUUCUCAAUGCUUAAAAGUUUUGCACAACUUGAAGAACUUGGGGUUAGUGGAUGUGAGAUGAUGGAAGUGGUAAUAUUGAUAGAAGGGACAGUGGAAGAAGAAAAGAUUUGCCAAACGGCGGUGUUCCCCAAACUAGAGACCUUGAUACUUAAUGACCUACCCCAACUUGCAACAUCUUGCUCCAAUUGUGAUUCUCUAGGAAAAUUUUCUGAGUUUGAAAGAGUCAAUUUUGAUACCAGAUCACAAAAACUGCUAGCCACGCAAUCGACUUUGGUGGAAAUAGAGGCCACCGAGCUUGUAUUUUCUCGAGUGACAGAGCUGAUACUUAGACUCUUACCGAAAUUCAAGAGUUUCUUCCCUCAAACGCACAUCACAGAAUGGCCAUCAUUGGAAGGUUUAGUUGUGAUCGACUGUCAUGGAGCACAAAUAGUUGCUUCAGAAUUUUCAAGAACUGAGAUGACACAUAGAGACAGCCAACUUGAAAGGGAAUCUCAACAUCUCAUGUUUUGGAUUAGCAAGGCUACAUUUCCUAGUCUAGAACGCCUGUUUGUGAAAUGGAAUGACAACAUGAAGAUACAGUGUGGACAUCAUCCAGAGGAGUAUUUUGGUAAACUAGAGGUUCUGCACCUCAUCGGCUUUCCUAACCAAUCUGCUUUUCUUCCUCCUUUCUUCUUCCACUCCCUGCCCAAUCUCGAAAGCCUUCUUGUGAAGGAUGCUUUCUUCGAUGAACUAUUCCAAUGUGAAGAAGUUACUAGGGAUUGCAACUUUAAAUUCCCAGCUUUGGUAGAGGUAAUUGUUACAGAGUGUCCAAAUAUGCAGAUUUUCUCUAAGGGAGAACUAAGCACACCAAGACUUUAUACAGUGAAAUUGACAGGAGAUAUAGAUGAAGAUAUGGAUGGAGGUAUAGACGUAGAUAUAGAAAAAUUUAUAGUUGAUCAUUUUCAUAAAGAUGAUGAUGAAGAUGAAGCUGGAAAAGAGGAUGAAGUUGAAGAUGAAAGAAGUUGGGAGGGUAAUCUUAACAGCACUAUACAACAGUUGUUCAAGGAAAAGAGUGCUCGCAAUUGUAAAGACGACAAUGGAGAAAACAGUGAUCAUGAUGCUAAAGAAACUGAUGGUAAUUAAUGGCUAUGAACAAGAUUGGGAUUUUAGGUUUUCAUGGUGCCCUCACAAGAAGCUAGAUUUUUGUGUUCCCAAGUGUUCCCACAUUGCUUUGGCAUUCUAAAGAAUCUUUCAAUUUUUAAAAUUUGUGUGUGACAUGAUUAUCAAGUAGUUAAUUGUGAAAAUCACUAGAGACCAUUCCAUUUUAUUUUUCAUGUUGUGCUAGUUUUUAUCAUGUUAAAGAGAGCAAUUGAAUUUGUUGUGCAUCUUUAUUUGAAAAAGAGAUGUGAUUUGUGAAUUAAUUAUGUUUGUCCAU